UAUAUGUUAUCUCGAUAUAUUUUGUUGGAAUAUAUACUAUAAAAUCAAGUACAGUUGUUUUUCUUAGAUAUUACUAUUCUGUCAGGCCUACUUGUCCGUUUAUAAAUUAUGCGUAAUAUAUGGUAACGCUUUUUUCACUUCCACUACUCAUUGUUAUUUGAUAGUGAGUGUUUGUGUGGAGAACAAUAAACGUCAUGUUGCUAUGCCAGUGAGAAACGUCGGCCAGUGACCGCGGUCAAGUGCAACAACAACAAAACAUUUCCUGACACCUGUUAUAGAAGUAACACAUUUGAGUGAAUGAAAAGGCAUGGACCUAAGUAAAAUAAGCAAUUCGUUUGUGGGGACUUGAUUGAGGCAGAAGAAUAGCCGAUUUACUUAUGGAGAGAAAUAAGAAGAUUCUGCUUGAUAUGGUGAAACAGCCCAGCAACGACCAUUGUGCCGACUGUGGGGCCCCUGAGCCAGACUGGGCCUCAUACAAACUUGGUGUGUUUGUAUGUGUGAACUGUUCUGGGACACAUCGGGACUUGCCUACCAUCAGCCGGAUAAAGUCCAUAGGCUUGGAUUUCUGGGAUGAUUCCCUAGUAGAGUUUAUGAAGACAAGGGGUAACGCUGCAGCCAAUGCGUUCUAUGAGAAGUGUGUUCCGCCGUUCUACUACCGGCCACAGGAGAAGGACUGUGUUGUUCUUAAAGAUCAGUGGAUACGUGCUAAGUAUGAGAGGAGAGAAUUCACAGGAGAGAAUAACUCCCUUCAACAAGUUUAUAGUUCAGGACUUUACGAAAGAAUACUAUGGAAGAAAGGCAAGGACAACAAGCAGUUCRUGAAAAGGAGAUUCCUGCUCUCUGAAACGGACUUCACCUUGAGAUACUUCACCAAGGAGGAUUCCAAGAAGCCCAAAGCAGUCAUCUCUAUGAAGGACKUCAAUGCCYUGUUCCAGCCGGAAAAYAUAGGCCACGCCCACGGGCUGCAAAUCUCCUACCUGGAGGAAGAACGSACCAGAAACCUGUUUGUUUACCAUGACAACAGCCAGGAAAUUGUGUCCUGUUUCAAUGCGAUUCGGGCCACCCGGUUUGCUUACCUCAAGAAAGUCGACCCUAAUUCCAGGGAGUGUGAUCUUGUACCUUUGAUAACCAGAAGUAGCAUUAAAGAAGGKUACAUGGAGAAAACCGGCCCAACGCAAUGGGAGCCAUUCAAGAAGAGAUGGUUCAUCUUAAACUUAACGGACAGAAAGCU